GAUGCAGCUCUAGACCAGGCCUCUUUCUGGUGACCUCAUGCGCACCCGGCCUGUCGUGGAAAGCCACCACCAAACCGGGCCAGGGCUGGGUCUUCAAAGAUGCGGUUGCCCUACCUCGCGAUCGCAUUCCUGGCCGACAUCUCGCUCUUCGCCCCUUCGCUUGUCGCUGCUGCGGAAGCCCUCUGGAUCCAACCCUCAGGCAAUUACUACGGCAUAGAUGGAACCUGGUCGUCGUUCAAGCUCGAGAUUGGAGCCCCUAUGCAACAUGUCGAGCUCACCGUCAGCACUGCCUUGUCUGAAAUAUGGGUCGUUGAGACGGGCGGAUGUUCAGAAACGACCUUGUGCAGGGCUGCUCGGGGAGGGGUUUUCAACAUCUCUGCCUCGUCAAGCUGGCAUUCAAUAGGGGCGUAUGGCCUGGGCUUGCCGGAUCUGGGAAUUGGGGGUAAUGGGGACUAUGGCUUGGACUCGAUCGUCUUGACCAACAACCUCAAGAUCCAGUCAACGAGCGUUGAUUCCGCUCUUGUUGCCGCCAUCAACGACACGAACUAUUACCAGGGCUUCAUCGGCGUGGGCGUAACACAGGGCCGGUUUGGCGGGAACGUCACCACCAACCCUUUUAUUCCCCAGCUCGCUCAGACCUAUGGCACGAUCCCGAGUCACAGCUAUGGCUACACAGCCGGUGCCCACUACCGUGAUAUGCCUGCUUCGCUAACACUCGGGGGCUACGACACUCUUCGGCUGGAAGAGCACGACGUCGAUUUCAACCUGGAUGAGUACUCACGGAUCCCUUCCGUCAACCUCCGAGCAAUCAUCGCCACCGUAACCUCCCAGGACAAAAAGCCGGCGAGUUGGUCGUCGACAUCGAGGGUAUUGUCAGGCACGAACGAGUCUGUUUCUGCCAUCAUCGACACCACGACGCCCUACCUAUGGCUUCCGCGCUCUGUUUGUGACCGUUUUGCCGAGAGUUUCAACCUUACCUGGAGUGACACUUUUGGCGUUUAUCUGUUCGACCCCAAAUCGGCGCAGUUCAGUGAUUUCCUAAGCGGGGCAUCGUCACUGUCCUUUACCUUCUCCAUUUCGAGCUAUGAUAACGUUGACAACUAUGGCAACCCCCUCCAACUACCUGGGGUCGUCAACAUUACUGUCGGCUCUGCUGCAUUUGCCCAACUUCUACGCUACCCAUUCAAGGACGCCAUUGGUUGGGACCAGUCCAGCGUCCCUUACUUCCCACUGACGCGUGCCAAUGAAAGCGGCCCCUACAUCAUCGGGCGCGCCUUCAUGCAAGAGGCGUACAUGGUCAUGAACUAUGAAAAGACCCAAUUCUCCGUCCACCAGGCCUUGUUUCCCGACACGCCCUCUUCUAAUUACUCGCUGGCCACCAUCGAACGGUCAUCAGACAGUCCGUAUCCACCUUAUGUCCCCAAGCCUGGAGGGGGUGGCCUGUCCGCCGGAAAAACUGUUGGGAUCGUGCUCUCUGCCUUUGCGGCUGGGAGUGUCAUCGGUGUGACGCUUUGGUUCUGUUGCCGGCGUCGGCGGAGGACAACGAAGCAGCAGCCUCGUCAGGUUGACGAUGACAAAGAUGGCUCCGAGUCGGUCAAUUCGGAUCUGCCAAAGAGUCCGGUCAAGAGGAUGCUGUCCAUCAUCAUCAGGAGGAAAAAAUCCAGGAAACCUGCGGUCCAUGAAGUCCACGGUACCAGCGCUGGGCCGGUCGAGGUGGCUGCGGAUGCGAACCACGAGGUCUUUGAGCUGCCAGUGCCGCCGGAGCCAGCUGAGUUGGAUAGUAGCACUGGCGGGGGCGAUGACAUGACCGAGCUUGGGAUCGACAGCACACAUGGGUUGAGCCCGUACGAAACCGCCCGGCUGAAACUAGAAAGACAGCUGCAGGGUCCCGUGCCAACGUAUACGCCGCCGUCGACUGAAAAGUCGGGCCAGGACGUCAGCCCAGUCGCCCAUUACCGACCAGCUGACGACCCGUCGCCAGCAUCGUCGCCAACAUGCGUCAGCAGCAAUUCUUUUCCCUACCCCUUACCCUCUCCCCUGACACCGCACUCGGAGUGGGCGGGCCGUCAUUUCGACCUCCCGUCACCCAUGACAGUCAUUCCCCCUUCCCCUUUUCCAGCAACCAGGUCCGAUCCUAGCCAUACAUACUCUCGCCAGUCGCUCCGUUCCACUUACUCGCGUCGUUCAGCACAAACAACGCCGCCUUUCCCUCCAUCAUCUAUCAGCCGCUCUAACUCGUCCAGUGCCUCCCCGAUCUCGCCAAUCGGAUCGCUUGGGCCGCCUUCUCCUGCUUACCAGCGCACCCCCAUCGACCCGUCGCGUAUCGUAUGUCUCGGGCCUCUACCGGAGAAUGUCCAGCUGCCACACCAUCGGCCAUCGAUUCCCCAGCUUAUAAUACAGGAUCGCCGAACGGCGCCUCCAGCGGCGUCAUCGGUCAGUCCUUUGCAGAGCUUCUCGCCAUCAGAAUCACCUCCUCGUUCGGUCCAUCUCCGUCGCUCCACCGAGACCCUUGGUAGCAACUACACGGUGGAAGAGGAGAGCCGGAUUAGGGACGAAAUAGCAAGGCACGAGAGUCUGAGGAGCCAGUCGCACGAGGGGCAUUCCCCACAAAGUCCGCACAGCAUGGGGCGCAUCGACGCUGGAUCCGAGCUUAUCCAUGUCCCACAAUUGGCGGAGAAACGAUACAGCUGGGAAGAAGAUGGCCGAUGACACGACGAGCGACUCGACGAGCGACGUGACUCGCGCCCCUAACCACCUUUCCGCGAUAAUCCAACUUAUUUAUGUGUUGUAAUCUACAC